ACCACGAGCAAGCCCAUGAUCUACAACUCAGUGAUAUGCGCAAUAUUCAGUGUAUUAGCGGUCUUCGAACAAAGUGGUUCGUUUUCACGUCGCCACGCUUCUUCUGGACUUCCAUGACUUUAAACUAUUUUUGUGUCAGUCUUGGAAGGGCGUGUAGUUGUCUAGCUCAGUCCAGUAGCGAGCUAGUAAAGGGAGUGCCCUGAAGAAGAUAGGCCAAGUUCAGGUAUGGGUGGUGUCAUGGAGGAGGAGGUGGUGCGGGGGUGCCUGAGGAGGUUCCUAGAGGAUUUCCCUGCUCCGCUGGGUCCUGAAGACCCCCUGCCUCUCAACCCCCUCAGCAGGAAGGUCACCCUGGACGAACUAAGAGGAGAGAGCCUGGAUCUGGGCUUACGCCUACUCAACACCAGAGACGCUCCUUCAACACUGAAUGCAGCCAUGUGCCACGCAGCCUUGGCUGAGCUGCUGAAGGCUGACCUUUCACCUUUCCACCUCCCCCAGGAAACCGAACAGCAGCAAGGAGAGGAACAGGAAGUUGUUUUGCUCCAAUCGGAGCCCGUCCAGCGGCUGUUUCUCAAUAAGCUUCGAGAGGUGGGUGUGGCUUGGCAUCAGAAUCUCCCCUCCCCUCUCCCAAUAGGAUCCUCCCGUUUCCUCAUGUGCUCCGCCCACGCCAUCAGGAACACUCGAAGGAAGAUGGAGGAUCGCCAUGUGACCCUCCCUGACUUCAACACACUCACUGGCCUCAAGGACGGUGUGGAGCGUGGUUACUAUGCUGUGUUUGACGGGCAUGGCGGCGUGGACGCUGCUAUCUAUGCCGCCACCCACCUGCACGUCACUCUCAGCCAGCAGGAGGAGCUGCAGAGCGACCCGGCCACUGCCUUCAAGACAGCCUUCACUCGCACUGAUGACAUGUUGAGAGGGAAAGCCAAGAGAGAGCGUCUUCGCAGCGGCACUACAGGCGUGGCGGUGCUGCUGCAAGGGGAGUGGCUUCAUGUGGCGUGGCUGGGAGACUCCCAGAGCAUGCUGGUCCGACGGGGACAAGACAUCACUCUGAUGGACCCACACAAGCCUGACAGAGAGGAUGAGAAGCAGCGUGUAGAAGGCCUGGGUGGAUGCAUCGUCUUCAUGGGCUGUUGGCGUGUCAACGGGACCUACGCCGUCUCUAGGGCCAUAGGGGACUUUGACCAGAAGCCGUAUGUCUCUGGCGACGCUGACUGUUCCUCCACACGGCUACACGGAGACGAGGACUACAUCCUCCUGGCCUGCGACGGUUUCUUCGACGUCGUCCGGCCCGCAGAGGUCCCGGCUCUGGUUCUCGGGGCGCUACGGGAGCAGGGGGAACCCCAGGGGGCUGUGGAAGGGGCUGGGUGUGAAGAGAUCUCAGAGGGUGUACUAGGGGAGCGAGUGGCCCAGGAGCUAGUAGCUCACGCCAAGGCAGCAGGCUCUAGUGAUAACAUCACUGUCAUGGUGGUGUUUCUAUGUCCUCCUGCACAGCUACUGCUCCAGGACCAGAGCAACAUCGCUGUUGCUACUGAGGGGCCAGCCCAGGAGUAGGGUAAAGUUGUCCCUAGGCACUGAUCUGGGGUAAGUUUUGUAUUAAUGGUUUGUACUAAUGGUUAAGGUUAGAAUUCGGGGGAGGGGGGGCUCACCGCUGAUCCUAGAUCUGUACCUAGGGGAAACUUCACCCCGGAGUGCCAGCCCAGGCCUCCAACUCCCAGAACACACAGGGGCUGUGAGACAGGAAGACUGCUGCUGUUACCCACAGUGCACGUGGGCAGGAAUUGGACUGGAUUUAAAAGGCAGUAUUUAUUAUGUAAUGACGUGACGGUGCCAAGCUUCUCGGUCACUGCGUGUUGUGUUCAGCCUUUUGAAUCAACGCUGGUGCUGAAACAGAUAUUCAACUGGACUGGAGAAGCUCUGUUCAUAACAAAACAAGUCUUAGCACAGACUAAUAGUUUCUACUAUGGUUCUGCCAAUGGUCAGAAUCCAGUGUGCUUCAAUAAGGUCCCUCUGGAUUCGUCAGGAGAUGUAAUGCAGAGCUGCCCAACCCUCUUCCUGGAGAUCUACUGUCCUGUAGGUUUUCAGUCCAACCCUCUUCCUGGAGAUCUACUGUCCUGUAGGUUUUCAGUCCAACCCUCUUCCUGGAGAUCUACUGUCCUGUAGGUUUUCAGUCCAACCCUCUUCCUGGAGAUCUACUGUCCUGUAGGUUUUCAGUCCAACCCUCUUGCUGGAGAUCUACUGUCAUCUAGGUUUUCAGUCCAACCCUCUUCCUGGAGAUCUACUGUCCUGUGGGUUUUCAGUCCAACCCUCUUCCUGGAGAUCUACUGUCCUGUGGGUUUUCAGUCCAACCCUCUUCCUGGAGAUCUACUGUCAUCUACGUUUUCAGUCCAACCCUCUUCCUGGAGAUCUACUGUCCUGUAGGUUUUCGGACUCCUCUUCCUGGAGAUCUACUGUCCUGUAGGUUUUCAGUCCAACCCUAAUUUAGCGGUUCUGAUUCAGCUAGUUAACGUCUUUGUUGAGCAGCUAAUUAAUAUAAUCAGGUGUGUUAAAUUAGGGUUGGACUGACAACCCACAGGGACUGUAGAUCUCCAGGAAGAGGGUUGGACUGACAACCUACAGGGACUGUAGAUCUCCAGGAAGAGGGUUGGACUGACAACCUGCAGGGACGGUAGAUCUCCAGGAAGAGGGUUGGACUGACAACCUACAGGGACUGUAGAUCUCCAGGAAGAGGGUUGGACUGACAACCUGCAGGGACGGUAGAUCUCCAGGAAGAGGGUUUGACUGACAACCCACAGGGACGGUAGAUCUCCAGGAAGAGGGUUGGACUGACAACCUACAGGGACUGUAGAUCUCCAGGAAGAGGGUUGGACUGACAACCUGCAGGGACUGUAGAUCUCCAGGGAGAGGGUUGGACUGACAACCUACAGGGACUGUAGAUCUCCAGGAAGAGGGUUGGACUGACAACCUACAGGAAUGGUAGAUCUCCAGGAAGAGGGUUGGACUGACAACCUACAGGAAUGGUAGAUCUCCAGGAAGAGGGUUGGACAGCCCUCAUUUAAGGGAUGUAGAACUCUGUUGGUGUCUCUAACAUACUCCCUCCAUUUCUCUUAGCGUCACCAAUUCUUUGGUAUCUCUGUUACAAGCUAAGGGAUAGAAUGCUGUCAUCCAUGCCUCAGGUUUUAUUUCAGAAGGGUGUGAUAGAAUUAUUCAGUUUCCUAACAUCUUGGAUUAAAAGGGCUGAGAGGAUUCAUCCUCUUGGAUUGUUCUAAAAACAAGAGGUAAACUAGAUGGGUCAUUUAUGUCAAUACCUCAAACCACUUUUACCCCUGUUGAUAUGAUGCGUGAUAUGUGCCAUUUUGUGUGUGUGUGUGUGUGUGGGCACGUGAACUGUACGCCAAGGUGUGUGUGUGUGUGUGUGUGUGUGUGUGUGUGUGUGCACUGUACUGUUCACACGUGUGAUGUGUAUUUUUGUCAUUUUAUUUUCUGCCUUUUAAACAUGAUGUCAAAACACUGUCCAGCAAGAACACAAGCAGUGUAACUUUCCCACCUAUAUCAGUAUUACGGACCAAACAGCCUUCUGUCCAUGGAUAUUAAAUAUAUCCUGUCCUCACUUCUUCAAGGCAUUAUCAGUGUUAAAAAUGUCUGGAUUUGGUUUUGAUGGAAAUCCAGGAUGGCAGCACUUCAGUUUUUUUGAGUCAGUGAGAGCCUACCGUGAGGGUUCGAGAAAGAGAGUUGGUUAAAACCUCUUUAAGAACUUUUGUGCCAAAUGCAAUUAGUCUUUGCAGCUCUUUUUUGUUUCUUGUGUGAAUUAGCAGCGUAGUCAUUCAUUAUCAGUGUUCCUGUGUGGUUUGUGUUUGGAGGAGUGUCUCUCUGUAGAUGCGGUGGUUGUCAGGUUGUAACAGUUCUCUAUUUGUAGUGCCUUCACUAGGUGUCUCUGCUCACUUACAGGGCGAACACUAGCUGACGGUUAGCUGAUUCCUUUAAUCAGGACAGAGAGAGUAGAGGGGCUUUCUACCUUUUUUGAUGUCUCCAAACUAACUCCUCACUCACAAACAGAUUUUGAAAUGAAUUUAAAAGCAAAAAAAAAGAAGUGUUUUAUUGGAGUAGAGCUAUGUGUAUCUAACCAACCUUUGGCUGUUUAACUUGUACACACACACACACACACACACACACACACAUAGUUAUGUAAUUCUCUGGACUUAGUUAGACAGUAUUUCCACUUCCUGUUUACUACCGCAGCUUUAUAAUCUUUAACAUACUCAUACCUAUAACCACUUGAUGUCAUUUAAACAUUUUAAAAACUAUUUUGAGUGUUUUUACCACUUUAGGCCUACUGUCGUCGUCCUUGUUGAACCGUGUAUUAAAACAACAUUUCCUAAAUCAA